AAUGGCGCGAAAUGUGCUUAGCUUCCCGGGAAAUGUUCCGGCAUUUCGCGCAACACUUGUCCUCUCGCUGCUCCUGCUUCUCCAGCCAAUCAGCGCCGGCCACGACUAUCAUGACGCCCUCCGCAAGAGCAUCCUCUUCUUCGAAGGCCAGCGCUCCGGCAAGCUCCCUCCCGAUCAACGCCUCAAGUGGCGCCGCGACUCCGCAUUGCACGACGGCUCCACCGCUGGUGUGGACUUGUCCGGCGGCUACUACGACGCCGGCGACAACGUCAAGUUCGGGUUUCCGAUGGCGUUCACGACAACUUUGCUGGCAUGGAGCAUUAUAGACUUCGGGAGGAUCAUGGGUUCGGAGCAGAGGAACGCCGUCAAGGCCUUACGCUGGGGGACAGACUACCUCCUGAAGGCGACGGCGGUGCCGGGCGUCGUGUUCGUCCAGGUUGGCGACCCCUACUCCGACCACAACUGCUGGGAGAGGCCAGAAGACAUGGACACCCGCCGCACCGUGUACAAAAUCGACCGGAACAACCCGGGUUCCGACGUGGCAGGUGAAACCGCCGCCGCGCUCGCCGCUGCCUCCAUCGUUUUCAGGUCACGUGACCCCGCUUACUCCAGACUUCUUCUCAAUCGAGCCGUUAGGGUUUUCGAGUUCGCUGACACCCACCGCGGUGCGUACAGCUCCAGCCUCAAAAACGCCGUGUGCCCUUUUUACUGCGACGUUAAUGGCUUCCAGGAUGAGUUACUGUGGGGAGCAGCAUGGUUACACAAGGCAUCGAGAAGGCGGCAUUACAGAGAAUACAUAGUGAGGAACGAGGUGGUGUUGAGAGCUGGAGAUACCAUUAACGAGUUUGGUUGGGAUAACAAGCAUGCUGGGAUUAAUAUCCUCAUAUCUAAGGAAGUGCUUAUGGGAAAAGCAGAUUAUUUCGAAUCUUUCAAGCAAAAUGCAGAUGGAUUCAUAUGCUCUGUUUUGCCUGGACUUGCCCAUACCGAAGUUCAAUAUUCUCCAGGUGGCUUGAUCUUCAAGCCUGGAGGGAGUAAUAUGCAGCAUGUAACUUCGCUAUCGUUCCUACUUCUGACUUAUUCCAACUAUCUAAGCCACGCCAAUAAAAACGUGCCAUGUGGCAUGACCUCUGCCUCCCCGGCCUUCCUCAAACAAUUGGCUAAACGCCAGGUGGAUUACAUUUUGGGUGACAAUCCAUUGAGAAUGUCGUACAUGGUUGGAUAUGGGCCGCGUUACCCACAGAGGAUUCACCACCGGGGCAGCUCACUUCCAUCGGUGCAGGCCCAUCCGGCUCGUAUUGGUUGCAAAGCCGGCUCUCACUAUUAUCUGAGCCCGAAUCCAAACCCGAAUCUCCUGGUUGGUGCGGUUGUGGGCGGACCGAAUAGCUCGGACGCGUUUCCGGACUCGAGGCCUUACUUUCAAGAGUCUGAGCCCACAACGUACAUAAAUGCACCGCUUGUGGGCCUACUAUCGUAUUUUGCAGCCCAUUAAUGAUUCUCCAAGUGUAAACAGUGAAUGUGAAUUUGUAGUGGUGCGCCAAUAGUCACCCACCAAUGC